AUGGUGAACAUCAAACUUAGAAGUUCUAUUAUCAAGGCAACAGAUGCAAGAUUAAGAACUGACAAUUGGCAGUACAUUAUCGAGGUGUGCGACAUCGUCAAAGAAGAUCCAGAAGACAAUGGUCAACAGGCAAUAGAUAUCAUUGAGAAGAGAUUAGAACAGACAGAUGCUAAUGUCAUAAUGAGAACCUUAUCCCUGAUUGUCUCCCUGGCUGAGAAUUGUGGGUCUCGUUUGCAACAAUGCAUUAGUUCUAAAAAAUUUACAGGUAUAUUGUGGAAUUUGAUUGAUGAGAAAAAUAUUCAUUUGACUUUGAAGAAGGAAAUUGCAAAAGUGGUAGAACAAUUAUCGGAAUCGUUUAAAUCUGACCCAUCUUUGAAGUCAAUGCAUGAUCUGUAUAAGAAGAUCAAGAAAGCAAACCCCUAUCUCUAUGAACAAUCCAAAUCUUUACCACCAAAGACGGAAAGAACAACAACAUCAGUGGAAAAGGAAGAUAAAGAACUAGAAGAAGCAUUGAAACUUUCAUUAACCGAAUAUGAGCAACAGAAACAACAACAAGAACAACCGACUACGGCGGUGACAACAGCGACCACCAAUAACCUAUCAGAGGAACCCCAAUAUCAGCAACCUCAACCUCAACAACCAAAUAUAAUAAGGAAAGUGAGAGCAUUAUACGACCUAUCUAGUCCAGAAGCUGAUGAACUCAGUUUUGUCAAAGGUGACGUAAUAACGGUGUUGGAACAAGUUUAUAAAGACUGGUGGAGAGGAACUCUUCGUGGAAACACUGGUAUAUUCCCACUAAAUUAUGUAACUCCAAUUAGUGAUCCAACACCUCAAGAACUUCAAAUGGAGAAUGAAAGGACUACUGCAAUCUUACAACAAAGAAACGACGUGGAUCAACUGCAUUCAAUCUUGAAAUCAAAUUCAAAUACAAAUGAUCCAAGUUCCAUCACACAGAAUCCUGAAAUUAAUGAUAUUUAUGGAGGAGUGACACCUUUAAGGCCACAAAUUACAAGAUUAAUUGGCAAAUAUGCUCAGGAAAAGGACGACUUAACAUCAUUGCAUCAAAUAUUAGGGAAUGCUGAAUUGACAUAUAACAGAUUGUUAGACCGUGCAGCAAAUUCAUAUAAUACCAGUAACCCCAUGGCUUAUGGUAGUGCGCAACCCCCUCCACUACCUGGAACAGGCUAUGCUCAAUCCAAUUUCCAAAAUCCAAUGAAUUCACAAGCACAUUCUUUUGGUCCUUCGGUUCAAAACUCUGCGCAAUAUCAACAAAAUUAUUAUCCUCAGGAUCCACACCAAAAUGUAACAUCAUAUCAAGAACCGUCAUACAGGGAUCAAAACGGACGUUACUAA